AGUACUAAGCGGUUUAAGAAGUUUGGGCUCAAAACUCCUAAGAAAGAAAGAAAGAAAGAAAGAAAAGCUUAAAAUAUUAAAAUGUCUGUAAAUUUGGAGGAUUAUUUCCACACAGUGUUUGAAGAGCAGCUUUCAGCGCGUUUCAGUGUGCAUGAGGACGACGACCUGCGGUCAGGAGCAAUGCGACUCCUGGAUAAGCACAGAGAGCUGCAGCAGAUGGACGCCACGCUGCAAACUCAGAGACAAGAGUUUGAGGUAAAGAAAGAAAGUUUAAGACAGAAGAGAGAAGAACUGAAGACACAAGAAGAAAAUCUGAAAGAUUCAUUACUGAAGUUUGACAGAUUUCUUAAAGAGAACGAUGGGAAGCGGGCGCGGGGGCUGAAGAAGGCCGAGACGGAGCGAGCUGCAGUGAAGGACCGAGAGCAGGAGCUGCAGCAGUUACACACGAACAUCGCCGCCCUGCUGGAGCAGAAGGAGCGACUGCAGGCCAGCGCCCAUCGCUACGAAAUCUACCGCCACUUCCUGCAUAACGUACUGACCACGGCUAAGAAAUUCGAAGACGUGGGGCAGCUCACGGGCCGCUUCGAGACGCUGAUCUCGACGCGGGAGCACCUGCUAAAGCGCCAGAGCAAGGCGGAGGGACAGAAGGAGAACGAGGACGCGGAACUGAGGCGCUACGUCAGCGAGCGGCGCUCCAAGCUCCUGCAGCACGGCAACACCGUCUCCAAACUCCGCACCGAGCUCGACUGCGUCCUGUCGCAGGGUCUCGAACUGGAAUCGGCGUGGGACCACAUCCAGGCCACGGCGGCAAAAUCCACACUGCUGCUGGGUCAGAUAAAGGUCGUGACUCUUAACCUGUAUCACAUGACUGACGGGGGAGCGGGCGGAGAAGAAGGCGUCGACACUCACGAGCAGCUGAACAGGAUCCAGCGGUUUAUCCAGGAUCAAGCAGACGUGAUCCACUAUCUGAGAUCCGACAGCGCCGGCGGAUCCAUCAGACACACUAAUGGAGAGUAAAACUCCUCACACACACACACACACAAUAAAUAAAAAAACAGCAUUUAUAACUUCUCAAAA